CUACGUGGCUAUGAAAUGACCAAAAAAUGAAGGGCACCCACCCUUCAAAAGGCCCAAAGAAUAAUUUGGUUUUGUUACUGCGGGGAGGUUAAUAUGCUGUUUGGACCUAGAUUUUACUAAGACACAAAGGAUGGACACUGGCUAGAUCAGGACUAAUUCCGGUUCGGCCCAUUACCAGCCCUUUCGAUAGUUUAAAUACUACGUAUGAAAAUGUAUUCAAAACCCAAACUCUUUCAUUUGGAUCCUCUGCCAGGAUUUGUCCGCCAGGUAGGGUGCCCGACAAAUUUAGGCUGCAAGAUCCGAUUUUUGCAGAUUCCAAAGCCCUACUUCUCCCUUUUCUGCCGUUGGAUUUGCGUCAAGGACUAUGCUGUGCGGCAUAGGAUCCUUUUAUGGAGUAACUAAAGUCUGAUGGCCUGCUUCUUACACAUGUAGGGUUGAACACAAUCAUAAUUUUGAAUCACAGAUUCACAAUUAUGACCAUUAAGUUUUUUAUAGUGUGAGAUAUAUAUUUAUUAGACCUAUGUGGGCCUUGUAAAUUGUAUUAUUAUUGUUUGUAAUUUAUUAUUGCACAUAUGGGCCAAGGGCUCAAUUUCGUUAGUAGGCAUUCCUUGUCCUUGUAUAUAUAAAUAAUGUGGCUCUCGGUUCAAUAGAAGCAGAGAAAAGAUUACUCAUUAAAAAUAUUAUUCUAUUUCCUUUUGUAAUAUGGUAUCAGAGCCCUAAGGGGAUCGGCGCUGAACAUCUUGGAUUGAACACCAUCGUUCAUCAACUACCAACUCCUGCACCAGCGUGCUUGGAGAUUCGCCAGACCAUGAGCAGCGAUCCCACUUCCCCGUAUUAUUUAGGAGCCGGCCAGGAUCAACUCGAAAAUCAAAUUACUCAUGUUGUGUUCAAGGGCGAUAACUACGUGGCUUGGUCACGGGCUAUCACCUUGGCAUUGAAAGCUCACCGGAAAAACGUAUUUAUCGAUGGGACCUUGAAGAAACCAGAAGAUGCAACAGGAUUGAGCAACUGGGAGACAACGAACUCCAUGGUCGUUUCAUGGCUGCUGCGAUCCAUGAAACCGGCGGUAGUGGCAUCACUUCCGUUUUACGAUGAAGCCCGUGCGCUGUGGGUGUACUUGGAAAAUCGUUUUAGCGUGGCCAAUGGACCUCGACUGCAGCAGCUUCGUGCCUCUAUCACAGGCUGCCGGCAGUCAAAAAUGAUGAUUGUGGAUGCCUAUUGCACAACCCUUAUGGGUUAUUACGAUGAGUUGAAUCGCCUGAAGCCUUUGUACGCGUGUUCGUGCGGCUUGUGCACCUGUGGACUUGCUGCCAAGUAUGCCGCCGACAGAGAAGAAGAACAGCUCCAUCAGUUUCUUAUUGGAAUCGACGACGAGGUAUACGGGACUGUGCGGUCUAAUCUUCUGUCGCACAGCCCGUUGCCAGACUCGAAUAGAGCGUAUCAAGCAUUCCUUCAGGAGGAGAAUUCUAGGGGUGCUGCACGUGGGAAGUUAGUGGCGGUAGAAACCAAUGCCUUUACUUUACAGGCGGAUAGGCAGAACAAAGCACGGCAAGAGAAAGCAGAACGCACCAACCGGGUUUGUACACAUUGCAAGAAGAAAGGGCAUGAUGUGAAUUCAUGCUUCAAGUUAUUGGGCUAUCCGGAGUGGUGGGAGCAUCGGAACAGGCCCAACAAUGGGACAGCUGGACGAGGAGGGGGGGGGGUGAAAACCCAUGCUGUGACAACCUCCGGUGCAGGGACAUCCUCGUCGGUUGAGUCAAAGGGAUUGCCCGAACUGACACAAAAGCAGGUUCAGGCUUUGCUAAAUUUACUUAAUGCGGAAACCCGCUCCAGUGAUUGGAUUAUUGAUACAGGAGCGUCACAGCAUGUUUCGGGUGACAUAUCUUGCUAGGCAGAUCGGACCCGUAUUUGUGCGCGUCCGGUAGGGUUGCCUGAUGGGCGAACUAUGGCAGCUGUCUAAGAGGGGCCUGUACACCUCUCUAAAAAUAUUGUGUUGGAUCAUGUUCUUUAUGUGCCUGGAUUAAAAUGUCAUUUAAUUUCGGUGUUUCAGUUAAUUGAUGAAUCUGAAUUUUCGUCAUUUUCACUGACUCAUUUUGUGCUAUACAGGACCGUCCCUCGAAGAGCCUGAUUGGAGCCGGUGAGAGACGGGAUGGGCUAUAUUUCUUCCGGGGGGUACCUCAAGUGCAUGUCAUUUCCAUGUCAACACUAACGGAGUUCGAGCUAUGGCAUAGACGUUUGGGUCACCCUUCCGAUCAUGUUAUUAAAUUGCUACCUAAUAUUAAAACUAGUACUUCUGUUAAACGUUUGAAUAAACCUUGUGAGGUGCGUCCACAGGUCAAGCAAGUGUGUGAUUCUUUUCCCAUUAGUAAUAAUAAAGCAAGUAGAAUUUUGGAAUUAAUUCAUUGUGAUUUGUGGGGCCCUUAUAAAACCCCUCUACUUGUGAUGCUGUUUAUUUCAUGACCCUAGUUGAUGAUUAUUCA